AUGGAAGGAAACUGGACCCAGCUGACUGAGUUUGUUCUCAGAGGAAUAACAGAUCGUCCAGAGCUGCAAGUCCCCCUCUUCCUGGUGUUCUUCUUCAUCUAUGUCACCACUAUGGUGGGCAACCUUGGUUUAAUCUUUCUCAUCUGGAAGGAUCCCCAUCUUCACACUCCCAUGUAUCUUUUCCUUGGGAAUUUAGCCUUUGCUGAUGCCUGUUCUUCAUCUUCUGUGACUCCAAAGAUACUUAUGAAAUUUUUAAAUAAGAAUGACAUGAUAUCCCUGGGUGAGUGUUUCUCCCAAUUUUAUUUUUUUUGUUCAAGUGCAACUGCGGAAUGUUUCCUCCUGGUAGCAAUGGCCUAUGACCGCUAUGCGGCCAUAUGCAACCCUCUGCUCUAUCUAGUGGUGAUGUCCAACAGACUCUGUGUUCAGUUCAUAAGUGUGUCAUAUCUAAUUGGACUUCUACAUGGCUUGCUUCAUGUAGGAAUGUUAUUUAGGUUAACGUUUUGUAGUUCCAAUAUAAUAGAUCAUUUCUACUGUGAGAUUUUCCCACUCUAUACAAUUUCUUGCACUGACCCAUCCAUUAAUGCAUUGGUUGCUUUCAUUUUUGCUAUUUUUAUACAAGUGAGUACUUUCAUGAGCAUUAUAGUUUCUUAUAUCCGUGUGCUUUUUGCCAUCCUGAAAAAAAGGUCUGAGAAAGGCAGGAGCAAAGCCUUCUACACCUGCAGUGCCCAUCUGGCAUCUGUCUCUUUGUUUUAUGGCACCCUCUUUUUCAUAUAUGUGCUCUCUGGAUCUGACACAGACAAUUAUCAGGGUAAAAUGUACUCAUUGUUCUACACCGUUAUCAUUCCUCUGCUAAACCCCUUUAUAUACAGCCUAAGAAAUAAAGAAGUUUUAGAUGCCUUGAGAAAACUCACAAAAUGAUGACUACUUUCUGAAAACUUAAAGAUGUUUUCUAUGACCAGAUUCUCUCUGUUUAAGGUCAUCAUAAUAUUUGGCCCUGUACAUUGCAUACAAUAUGGAUUUUUUUAUAUCAUGUUAAGUAAAGCAAUAAAAUGUAGACAAU